AGAAUCGACAGGGUAGAGAACAGUUUGGACAACAUUUCACACUCUGACGCCAAUCAAGGAGUGAAUGAAGACAACAGCGUUCGUGUUACGGAAAAUCUCACUCGACUUGCAGACGGUUUGACAAACAUUUCCAUCGAAAUUCAGAGAGUUGAUAGUGAUUUGGCCUAUCAUUCAAGCAAUGUUGCGAGUGAUUUGGCAAAAAUUUCAAGCAGAAUCGACAGGGUAGAAAACAGUUUGGGCAAAAUUCCAUUGGGACCGGAGAUAGUUUUACAGAGGCGUGAACGAUUCGACAUUCUUUUUGACCGAACUUUUGAGGAGUAUGAAUCAGGUUUUGGAGACUUUUCUGGAGAAGGAGAUUUGUGGCUGGGUUUGAAAAGAUUGCACAUAUUGACACAACACGGAAGAUGGAACCUGCGAGUUUCAAUGUGCAGUUUCUCCAACAAUACACUUUUUUGGAGCGAAUGGGCAGGUAAACUGAACAAGCAGUCCAUCAUCAAACAGGUUUUGAUCAACAGUUACUUCAAGAUCCAACAUAUCUUUUACAACAUAUCUUUUGGCACAAUGGUGGCAAAGAGUGAGAAUAUGCGCAACACCACUGGUACUAAUGAUGGCCUUGCUUAUCACAACGGAAGGGCUUUCUCAACGACUGACAGAGAUCAAGACGAAUUUGAUGGCGGAAACUGUGCUGCAGCGACUGGGGGGGGAGGCGGCUGUGAUCGAUCCUGGGUCGACACUGUUGACCGUAAUGGACCUUGA